UUCUCGCAUUGACGUCAAAAAGGAGCGGACUGGAUGUAUAAAACCCUGCAGACCUCUGAAGUCGCGACUCGCAGGACUUUCCAGAAUCAGAGCAGAUAUUUCUGAAAAGUUCAGCUGCAUCAACCGAAGAAAAUCAUAUGAAGCCAGUCCCCCUCCUGCUGCUCCUCUCCUCCUUCCUCCUCUCCUCACACCUCCACCCUGCUGCCGGCAGACCGCGCUCCCUCCCCGGCUGGAUGGAUGGCAGCAGCCGCUUCCAGACUCAGCAGACGGACGAUGUUCUCCUCAGAGCGGCCGCGGACCGCGCCGCCUCGGAUCUGGUGGGCGACAACCUGCUGAGGCUCCUCCAGCGGAGGGAUCCGGACCGCCUCCACCUGCUGCCGCCCGAAGAUGACGCCGAGGAGGACGAGGCGCUGAGAACCGCCGAGCAGCUGCUGAAGCGCAGCGAAGACCCGCAGCUCUCCAUCGACCUAACCUUCCACCUGUUGAGGAACAUGAUCCAGAUGGCGAAGAUGGAGAGCCAAAGGGAGCAGGCUCAGCUCAACCGCAAGGUGCUCGACGAGGUGGGGAAGUGAAGCUUUCAGAGGAUGCCUACUCAAAGUAUCCAAGAAGACCUCUUAACAACUUCAGUUCGUGCGCCUGCCUUCCCAUUGACAUUUUACGCACACAUGGUGACAUUUUACGCAUCUGUUUUACAAAAGAAAAAAUGAUGGAAAACAUAGAAAAAGACUUCUCAGACCCCCUCAUCCCAUCUUUAUCCCUCAACCAAACAUUCCCCUAAACUGGACCUGCCUAAAGAGUGGAAACCAUGCAGCUCCCUGUCGCUUUUAAACAGUGUUAUCUGGGAAUCAGCUGUUGUUUUCAUCCAUGGCUAAAACAGCUGAAUGAUGAAUGAGGGUGUGAAUGCUACAGUGAA